CGUCGGCGCCGUAUGCCGGCCCUUGCCGGCGCUUUGCCCGGGCCCCGGCCCGGCGCGGGCAGCUAGUUCAGUCCAGUACUAGCGCGAAAGAUUAGCGCCGUGCGAUUCCUGCGGCCGAGCCGGCCGAGGGGCGAGGUUGUAGCGCGCCUGCAGCAGUCAAGCACGAGGCGGGGGCGGCCCGCGUCGUCCACGUGUCUGGCCGAGCCAUGGCGCCCGCAUUUUUGCGAUGGCGCAGGGAACGGGGGCGCCGGGUUUCCCCCGGCUGCAAAUCUUCCGCCGGCGGGCAGCUCCUGCACGGAGUUCCAGGGUUUCGCUUUCUGCUGCCCCAGGAAGCGAGCCGGAGAUGGACGAGCCAACGCCUGAGGAAUAGGGAACUUCGCGAAAGAUCUUCACUCCGCCGAAGCUCGUCGAGCCGCACGCGGACCCCCGCCGCCGCGUCAACAAGGAGGGGCUUUGGAAUAGCCGACGAGGGCGGUCAGCAUCCCAACUCCUGGCCCGAGAAGGGGGGAAUUGCGAAAGCGUGCACCCAGGGCCGCGGGGAGUUCGUGCGCAGCUUCGCUAUCUAUUCGACCCAGGGGGCGCACAAGGUGCGUCGAUUUUUUGCGCAGUUUUGUAAUUCGCCUGCUCGCGGCGCCCCCGCGUUGCUUACAGAAGUGCCCUGGGGUUGUUAGGUGUCGGGCACUUCCGCGGCCGGGCUGCUUAGUUUGGUUGCAGGGUCGGGGCGUGCGCGCCGACUUCGACGGGAGGGGCCGGCCGGGGUUUUACACGCGCAACGCUACGCGCUCCAGCGCGAUGACGCGGGCAAAUCCCGAGUAUGGCCCGGACCCGGGGGCCUUCGCGCGGUGGCGCUAGCUUGUCGGCCGGCGCGCGGCGGCGGGGGCGCCCGGCCAGGCGGUCUUUGGCUUGUGUUGCUUUGUUCUUUCGCCCCCCGUUCGGAACCGGGCGCCGGGGGCCUUGCUCGGGGGCGGGCCGGCCUGUCGCCGCUCGCCCCCCCCCAGGAUGCGUAUCUCCUGAGUGGCGUAUCAGCAGGGCCGCCGGCUCCGGGGCCGCGCCCGCGGAGGAGCAGAAGAGAAGACGCAGGAUGGAGAGCGCAAGCCGGCGGCGCCGCCUGCUAUCUACCUGCCCCCCGGGGGAGGGGGGCGGGAGUUGCCCGGGCCGCUCGCUGAUUUUGUCUGUGUGUUGGUUGUGUGUGUCCGCGGCCGGCGCGCGCGCGGCCAGCCGCCUGGCACCAAGCGCCGGCGCCGACGCUUCCUUGCUUGGCGCGCGCCAGCGGGCUUUGCUAUUUUUCGCCGCUAUGCAUACAAGCGUGGUUGUCUAUCAUUGGCCUUCGCCCAAGACGCAGCGUAGCCUUGCUUUGCUGGUUUGCUCCACCAC